UUACUGGGUUGUCAGUGUGUCUUGGUCUGCAGGUGCAUGCGUCUUAGUGGCUCAUUCGCGCCUUGGCUUCAAAGCGAGUAGCACACAAACGCACUGACCACUGGCAGUAGCAUCUUCUAGCCUGAUAAAGCAGUGUGCGGAGCUUUCAUUUCUCUUGGGCGAGUAACUUGACACAGCCGCCAAAAUGUGUGACAUGGGGGGACUUGAUAAUUUGGUGGCCAACACGGCCUACCUGAAAGCCCAAGGGGGUGAUGACAAGGAGAUGAAGAAACGUCGCCGAAGUCUGUCUCUCCCCAAGGCGGAACAAUGUGCGGCACUCAGGACGAGUCUGGACAUGGACUUUGAGUCCCUCUGCGAAAAGCAGCCUAUAGGUAAGAAGAUGUUCCGCCAGUACCUCGAACAAGGGGGGCCAGAGUGCUCCACUGCUGCAGAAUUUCUGGAUGAUCUGUAUGAUUGGGAAUUGUCAGAGGCUGCUGCCAAAGACAAGGCCCGUACAAAUAUCAUCAACAAGUUCUGCAAAGAUGGUUCCAAGAGCUCCCUCACCUUCCUGACUGGAGAUGUAGCAACCAAGUGCAAGGCGGUUACUGACAAAGAUUUCGAGGAGGUGAUGGCACAGGUGAAGGAGGUCACCAAAGAAUACUUAAAAGGCAAACCGUUUACAGAUUACCAGACUAGCCAAUUCUUCGAAAGGUUUCUGCAGUGGAAAGAGUAUGAGAAACAGCCAAUCACAGACAAGUACUUCUACGAAUUCAGGACACUCGGAAAGGGUGGAUUCGGAGAGGUGUGUGCAGUGCAGGUAAAGAACACUGGCCAGAUGUACGCUUGCAAGAAGCUCUGCAAGAAGCGUCUCAAGAAGAAACAUGGUGAGAAAAUGGCCCUUCUGGAGAAGAAGAUCUUGGAGAAGGUCAACAGCCUGUUCAUUGUCACCCUGGCAUAUGCUUACGACACCAAAACCCAUCUCUGCCUGGUCAUGAGCUUGAUGAAUGGAGGUGAUCUCAAGUAUCACAUCUAUAACAUUGGUGAGAAGGGUAUCGAAAUGGAUCGAAUCGUCUAUUAUACAGCUCAGAUUACAACUGGGAUCCUGCAAUUGCAUGCCAUGGACAUUGUGUACCGUGACAUGAAGCCGGAGAACGUGCUCUUAGAUAGCCAAGGCCAGUGCCGUCUUUCAGAUCUUGGUCUUGCUGUGGAGAUUCCUGAGGGAAAGACCAUUACCCAAAAGGCUGGAACGGGUGCAUAUAUGGCACCUGAAAUCCUCACUGAUAUCCCAUACAGGACAUCAGUGGACUGGUGGGCACUGGGCUGCAGUAUCUAUGAAAUGGUGGCUGGCUACACCCCCUUCAAAGGCCCUGAUGCCAAGAAGGAGAAAGUGGAGAAGGAGGAGGUACAGAGGCGCAUCAUCAAUGAGGAACCCAAGUUUGAGCACAAGAACUUUGACGCUGCCACUAUAGACAUCAUCAAGCAGUUUCUUAAGAAAAAGAUUGAUGAGCGUCUUGGCUGCAAGGGUGAUGAUCCAAGGAAACACGAGUGGUUCAAGUCCAUCAACUUUGCUCGCUUGGAGGCCGGCCUUAUCGAUCCUCCCUGGGUGCCCAAACCCAACGUUGUCUAUGCAAAGGAUACAGGUGACAUUGCUGAGUUCUCUGAAAUCAAGGGUAUUGAGUUUGAUGCGAAGGAUGAUAAAUUCUUCAAGGAGUUUAGCACAGGUGCUGUGCCCAUUGCCUGGCAACAGGAGAUGAUAGACACAGGACUCUUUGAUGAGCUCAACGACCCCAACCGGAAAGAAUCAGCCGGUGGUUCAGAUGAUGAUAAGAAAUCAGGCACUUGCACACUUCUGUGAGGGACCAAUCCAGCCACCCAGCCCACUAUUCACCAACAAAUGCUUUCA